GUGGUUUUCAAAUUCUAUGUGUCAAAAUUAAUUGUAAACAUAUUAGUCCUAUUACACUUAUAUUUGGUGUUAUAGAAUUUAAAUUUUCAUUGUUCUUGAUCUACCUUUUUACUUUACACAUUGAUAAAACUUGAUUCUCUGUUUUUCUAUCAUAUAAAGUCAAAUAAGACAAUAUGCCUUUGGCUAAAGAUUUGCUUCAUCCUACUGCUAUCGAAGAGCGCAGGAAACACAAGUUAAAGCGCCUUGUCCAACACCCAAAUUCUUUUUUUAUGGAUGUCAAAUGCCCUGGAUGUUAUAAAAUUACAACUGUAUUCAGUCACGCUCAGAGCGUAGUUAUAUGCACCGGAUGUUCCACAAUUUUAUGUCAGCCUACCGGAGGACGAGCUAGAUUAACUGAAGGUUGUUCUUUCAGGAAGAAAGCUUACUAAGAUCCUGGCUCCUGUAUUUUAAUGUACAAUAACAAUAUUGAUAUGCGUUGAAUAAAAAAAAACCAUAAAAAAAUUGU